GAAGACCCGCUAACCCGGUAAGGUAAAAGCGGGACCCGAUCCGUGUGAAUUGGUAGGUUCCGAUGAGCUGAAAUCAAAGCGAAGGGUUUAGAUUUCCGGAAUCAGAAAUGAAAGCAUCCGCACUGCUUAACUUGAAAUCUUUCACUCUCAGCCGCCAUUCUCCCACUUCCAACUCCUUCUUCCCCCCCUUUCUUUGUCCAUCCCACCCCCGCCACCGCCGAAUCCACCACUCUCGAAAUCCAAUCAUGUCUGCCACAUCCGUCAACUCCGAACGAGCACGCGCCCCUCCCGCCAUUCCCUUGCCCCCUCCCCCUCUCUCCAACUUCAAAAUUGGCCUCUGUCAACUCUCCGUCAGCCCCGACAAAGACAGCAACAUCGCCCACGCUCGCACCGCCAUUCAGGAUGCUGCAUCAAAGGGCGCCCAGCUUGUUCUUUUGCCCGAAAUUUGGAACAGUCCUUAUUCCAACGAUAGUUUUCCUGUCUACGCUGAGGAUAUUGACGCUGGUGCUUCUCCUUCCACUGCCAUGCUAUCUGAACUCUCUCGUCUCUUGAAAAUCACCAUAGUUGGUGGUUCCAUUCCAGAACGCUCUGGAGGUCUCUUGUACAACACUUGCUGCGUCUUUGGCACCGACGGAAACCUACUAGCCAAGCACCGCAAGAUACAUCUUUUUGAUAUUGACAUCCCUGGGAAGAUUACUUUUAUUGAAUCAAAAACUCUUACUGCUGGGGAGACUCCGACAAUUGUGGACACAGAGGUUGGACGCAUUGGCAUAGGCAUCUGUUAUGACAUUCGAUUUCCAGAACUAGCAAUGAUAUAUGCUGCUAGAGGUGCUCACUUACUCUGCUACCCUGGGGCAUUUAACAUGACAACUGGACCAUUACAUUGGGAGUUAUUGCAGAGGGCAAGGGCUACAGAUAAUCAGUUAUAUGUGGCUACCUGUUCACCUGCCCGGGAUACUGGAUCUGGUUAUGUGGCUUGGGGCCACUCCACUCUUGUUGGACCAUUUGGAGAAGUUCUGGCUACUACAGAACAUGAGGAGGCAAUCAUCAUAGCAGAAAUUGAUUAUUCAAUAUUGGAGCAGAGAAGGACAAAUCUGCCUGUAACUAAGCAAAGGCGAGGUGAUCUUUACCAGUUGGUGGAUUUUCAGAGGCUGAAUUCUCAGUGAUGGGAGCAGGACUAUUGUAAUUGAGACAUCUGGAUCUGGAUUAUCUUGUAUGUGGCAUUAGCUUGUCAUCUGUGUUAUAUGGUUAUUUGAAUGCUGCAUUAUUGCUAAUAUGGAACCCGAACCCUGAAGGAAGAAAUAAAUAAAGGAAUUUGUGCUUUCUCGAAUA